AUGAUUACUUCUCAGUGGAUGCUUCAAAUUCCUGGUGCAACAAGUUACAUAGGUUGCAUUGGGAAGGACAAGUUUGGUGAGGAGAUGAAGAAAAAUGCACAAGCUGCUGGUAUUAAUGCCCAUUGUUACGAGGAUGAAAAUGCCCCAGUGGGCACAGGCACAUGUGCUGUCUGUGUUGUUGGUGGUGAAAGAUUACUUAUUGCAAACUUGUCUGCGGCAAACUGCUACAAGUCUGAACAUCUGAAGAAACCAGAGAACCCCCAACUCGGAAAUGAGCAACCUGCUAUCAAAGACAGUUCUACACUGCCAGCAUAUCAAAACUCGUUACCAGAGGAAACUAACACAACUGAGAACAUAAGAGCACACAUACAGGGAUCACACAGAUGA